AUGAACAUCAUCGAGUCCCUGUUCGGCAGGGCCAAGUCGCCCGCAGAGCGUCUAAGGCAACAUCAGAGAACUCUGCAAAAGGCACAGAGGGAGCUGGAUCGCGAGCGUACGAAGCUCGAACAGCAGGAGAAGAAGCUCACGCAGGAUAUCAAGAAGAGCGCCCGGGCAGGUCAGAUGCCGGCGUGUAAGGUCAUGGCGAAAGACUUGGUCAGGACGCGAAGACACAUCCACAAGUUCUACCAGAUGAAGACACAAUUGCAAGCGGUGUCACUGCGCAUCCAGACGCUGCGAAGCAACCAGCAGAUGGCCGAAGCUAUGAAAGGAGCAACCAGGGCAAUGGGCACGAUGAACCGAAGCAUGAAUCUGCCGGCCAUCCAGCGCAUCAUGCGCGACUUUGAACGCGAGAGCGCCACCAUGGACAUGAAGGAUGAGAUGAUGGGCGAUGCCGUCGACGAGGCCAUGGACGACGAAGACGAGGGUGUAGGUGAAGAGGAAGAGUCGGACAACAUUCUCAAGGAAGUGCUCGACGAAAUCGGCGUCUCGGUAGGUCAGCAGCUCGGCGAAGCACCCACGGCGGCUUUGUCAGCACCGCAAGCCGCGCCACAGCAACGCGUGGCCAUUGGAGAGGGGGCAGGCGGAGGUGGAUUCGGCGGUGGUGCUUCCAAGGACGAAGACGCUCUUCAGGCUCGUCUGGACAACUUGAGGAAGGAUUGA